UUCCACAAAAGGGGGCGUCCUUCAUAGCGAAUUAAAAACCGUUUUCUGUACUCAAAUGACAGCCCGCAUAUUGUGACAUUUCUAUCCUCCUCUCUCUACGAUGGCAGCAGCCCUGUCGCGAGCUCUUAAAUUGCCUGGUAAAAAGGGCUCAGAGCUUGGAGAAUAUGACCCCCUGACCCAGGCUGACAGUGAGGAUGACAGUGAGGAAGAUGACCUGGUCCUCAAUUACCCUCGCAAUGGGCUGGGCAGGGGCAACUGUAUGGGCUCAGGCACAACAGAUAUGCGUGGUGGUAGGGUAGGAAGGCUUAUGGAAGAUGAAGAUGAUGUGGAUGAAAGGGACGAAGAUGAGGAGGAGUGGAGGGAACAACAUCUCAAGAAGAACCGACAGGAAAGAGACGACCUAAAGAGCAGGCAGUACUGGAGUCAGAGGGAGGGCCGUGAUCUUGGGUUCCAGGAUGGUGGGGGGCCAGGGUCCACUCGUGCUGGUGGGCUUGGUUUGGACUCAGGAUCUGACCCAGAGGCAAAGAGGAUUCGGAUGAGAGGGACGAUCCGCACCACAGUUUUCCUGGUGCCACUUUGCUGUGCUGUUUUACUGGUGCUGCUCUGUGCCUUUCUACUGCCCUGCCAGCAGGGAGAGUUGAAUGGGAUACCACAGUGGGAAACCGGAUUAGGGGAAGUAGGUGUUAACUCACCCCCUCUAGCAUUGUGGGAUGUGGACAACGACACCAUUGAAGAUGUGUUAGUGUCAGUCACUCAGCUAACCAAUGACAGCCGGCUGGGAGGCCCUCAGGGCAACAGCAAAGAGCACAGCGUGGCCGCUGUAUCUGCUGUCCGGGGGAACGUGCUGUGGAAAACAGGCCUGAAGGAACCAGCUUUGUCCAUCCAGUGCGGGAUGCGUCCACAGGCUCGUCCCGUGGCCCCACCACGCAGAACAUUCCCACAGCGGCAGUCUGUCUCGGGGCCAGCGGGCCAGGGCAGGGGACCCAUCUGCCUAGUGACUGGCUCAGCCCAUCUCAGCGCCCUUGAUGCCGCCACUGGUAAGAUGCUGUGGACUGUAUCCCCGGGGCAGAUAGUGUCCCAGGUGGUGUCUGUGCCAGAUCUCACUGGAGACGCCGUUCCAGAUCUUCUCAUUGCCGCCCUGCCCCCCGAUCAGGCGUCUGAUCUUUCGCUAAUGCUACUGUCGGGGGUGUCCGGCGGGCCCAUUGGACACCCUGUAACCUUUAACGUCACUACUCAAGGCAAACUGAUUGGGCCUGAACUGCAUGUCACCAAGCAGCGAGCGUACUACAUUCUGUUUGGACUGGGCACCGUGGAAGCAGUGUGGCUCACAGACAUUUACACCCAAGCCACCAGCAAUGCACCUAGCAGGACCAAAGUCUCUCCUGCCCUGAGAGUCAAAGAGCCCAGCUGGGAGAAGAUGCACAAGCCCAACUCCUCCCUUAUACACAUCUCUAGUGGCCCCGAUCAGGUUGACUUCUUCCUCCCCAUGGCAGCAGGGUUGUGUAGCAACCACAACAACCUGUACUUCCAGUUUGAUAUGAACGCCAGUAGCAGCAACUGGGCCGUGGUUUACGGUUCCAGAAGGCUGUCAGUGCUGAAGGAGCAGGAUGCCCAAACAGAAUGGAUGGUCAGCACCGCGGCCAUACAGAGCCGUCCAACGCCAGGCUAUUUCAAUGGAGAUCGAAUACCAGACCUUCUGAUCCAGCAGUCUGCUGGUCCAGGAGUCAGAAAGGUGCAGGUCAUCAAUGGCGCAAGCGGGCAGAACCUUUGGGAAGCGGAGUUUGUGUGUCCGCGUAUACACCUGCAGGGAUCCUCGCUCUUGACCAGCUCUGGCCAGUCGGCUUUCCUGUUCUGGGCCGGUGACAUCCAGCGGCCUCAGAACCUCUCCAUAGCAACGCCCUCUCCAGUGGAGUCCCCGGCUGAUCCAGUCCUCCGAAAACUGUACCUGCUGCACCCCGCCUACCCCACAAUCCUCGUGGAGCUUACGAGUACAACAGACACCAUUCUCACUGCCGCAGUGAGUUACCAGGAGCAGCAGAAAGAUGCGUCCUACGUCACGGUCUCCUCACGGCACCCGCCAACAGGCCCCAAGCCUGACGCUCAGGUGGUCAAGCACAUGAGGCUAAAGGCCUUGAUCACAGACGGCCGCGUCCUGUGGCUAGGCGAGGCCCGGCGGGCCAGCCAGUCCCUCAGGCCUGGGGAUUUCGAGAUAAACAAGUUCUUCAGACAGCUUUCUUUUCGUCCACAUCAGGUAAAGACAAAGUGACCAGAGGCUGUUCCUGGGCCCACUCUGCGUCACCAUGGAGCAGCGCGUGAGAACCACAGAAGGGGUGGAGUAUCAUUUUCACUGGAUUAAGCAACCACAAAUCUCACCCACAAAAUGUGAUUUUCUUUUUUUUUUGUUUCCUAGCUAUUUGUACAGACUACUGGAGAUGGGAUAAUUGUUUUUAGAAAUUUUAAGGUUUUAUUUGUAAGGAACUUGUUUUAUUUAUUUAUACUCUAUCUCUGAAUAGCAUAUGAGAUGUUUCAUCAUUUAUAUAGACAGCACUGAUACGUUAGGCUUCACCACUACAAUUUCACUAGACAGAAAGCACAAAAAUGCAUGUCUGUUUGAACGCAUUUGGGACACAUUCCAACACUGGUCAAAAGCUUUUUAAACAACAAUUUAGUAACAGACUUGGUUUAAUUAAUUCAUAUAGUACAGUGAUGCAUGUGUUUGCUUAUAUUUCUCUUUGCUGCUCUGUGUAGGUCUGGCUUGUGUGGUACAAAGCAAGUGUGCUACUGAUCAAGUACAUAGAUAUGUGAAUGACUAUAUAUUUACUGGUCAUCUAAUUUAUUCUAAGGACGUUAUUUUGUCAUAUUAUUUUACAGCAUCUUAGAGUAAUAACAGAAUGUCACGUGACUGGAAAAUUCGAUAACCUCAAAGUACACUCAAACACCCAAAGAAGGGCGUAACGUAGCCCCUGAUUUGGGCUACUCAAAUUAACCACUUCGAUCAUAUUUAGAGUGCUAUGUGGUAUAAACAAUGCGUGUCUGAAUCACUGCUGAUGAUCCUGUAACGUUUGGCAGACCGAAACACUGCAGUGGAGGCAAGAAACUAGAAGGUUUGAUUUAGGGGGAAGGAAUGCCCUUUUAUUAAGCCCUUAAAAAGACUAACACAGACAUCAAACAACCACUGGCAACACAUAACGAAGAAACACAGGGAGGUCUAAUGUUGGACUGUAAGGUAUACACACGAUGGGUAAUUUAUGCAAUGGCUAAAGAUAUGCGAGGAUUGGACAGCAUUCAUUCAUAACACAAAGGUACAUACGAUAAUUGGGUCCACAAAACAUAUUUAGAACAAGACACACAGGGGUUAUGCAGAAGACUAGCGAGCCUACCGGAAAAUUCUAAUAGGCUUCGCUGUGCGGAGCCAUUUCACCAGCGCUAUACUGCCCCCCCCCCCCCCCCCCCCCAAAGUUCGACCGUCCCGGAAACCACACCCAGCUGGUGUGUCUCUGAUAAUGGGGAGAGCCAUCCACUUGCAAGCAUUGGUGAGGCCGAGCAGAGCGGGAGGCUGGCGAACACUGAGCUGCUGGCAGGCACUGGCAUUGCAGGUCGCCCCAGGCGCAGACCCUUUCCCUUAUGUGGCUUAGAGGGAACUGUGGUGUUAUUAUUAUUAUUUAAAGUGGCAGCUUGAACAUAACUACAGGCAACUGUAAAAUUUCAUAAGGCAGCACUGGGGAUUGAGCGCAAGUGACUCUUUAAGAAACAGAUGUGCGUGUUUUUUGGCUGGAGAAGAACUGCAAUAAAUAGUUCACGUCUUCUCAACA